GUGACGUCAGCCGCUGCCGCUGCCGCCGCCUCCCUGUCUGGAGGCUUGGGUGUCUUCUUGGUUGAGCUUCUUCUGCCCCGUCCUUCUGCCCCCCCUUCGUUCCCCCCUCCCUCACCCCGACACUUUCCUUCCGCUACGGGUCGCAUCUGGGGGCGGCCGGGUCGAGAGGAGCGACACGGCCGGGCCUCCCCUUCUCCCUCCUCCUCCCCCUCCUCCUCCUCCCCGUCCCCCCUCUUGGCCCCCUCCUCCCCCUCCUCCUCUCCCUCAGCGCUUCGAUCCAAGAUGGCGGCGCUGAGCAGCAGCGGCAGCGCUGAGGGGGCAUCGCUUUUCAACGGGGACAUGGAACCCGAGCCGCCUCCGCCCGGGCCCUCCUACGCCGCGGGUAGCGGCAGCGCCGGAGGCGACUCUGCCAUCCCGGAGGAGGUGUGGAAUAUCAAACAGAUGAUUAAGUUAACCCAAGAACAUAUAGAAGCUCUACUAGACAAAUUUGGAGGAGAACACAAUCCACCCUCGAUCUAUUUGGAGGCAUACGAGGAAUACACCAGCAAGUUAGAUGCAUUACAACAGAGAGAGCAACAGUUGUUGGAAUCAAUGGGAAAUGGAACUGAUUUCUCUGUCUCCAGUUCUGCCUCAACAGAAACAGUUACUUCAUCUUCUUCUUCUAGUCUUUCUGUAGCACCUUCAUCUCUCUCUGUGUAUCAGAAUCCUAUAGAUUUAUCACGGAGUAACCCUAAAUCUCCUCAGAAGCCUACUGUUAGAGUUUUCCUACCCAACAAACAGAGGACUGUGGUUCCAGCACGAUGUGGAGUAACAGUCCGGGAGAGUCUAAAGAAAGCUUUGAUGAUGCGAGGUCUUAUCCCAGAGUGCUGUGCUGUUUACCGUAUACAGGAUGGGGAAAAGAAGCCCAUUGGUUGGGACACAGACAUUUCCUGGUUGACGGGAGAAGAACUACAUGUGGAAGUCUUGGAGAAUGUGCCUCUUACGACACAUAAUUUUGUACGGAAGACAUUCUUCACUUUAGCGUUUUGCGACUUCUGUAGAAAGUUGCUUUUCCAGGGAUUCCGUUGCCAGACCUGUGGUUACAAAUUUCAUCAGCGUUGCAGUACUGAAGUGCCACUAAUGUGUGUGAAUUAUGAUCAGCUUGACUUACUUUUUGUCUCCAAAUUCUUUGAACAUCAUCCAAUACCACAAGAAGAGACCUCUGUAGGGGACACCACACCAGCAUCUGGAUUAUACCCUUCAGUGGCCCUUUCAGAUUCUUUUGGGCCACCAGUUCUCCCUAGUCCAUCUCCUUCAAAAUCCAUUCCAAUACCUCAGCCAUUCCGACCUGCAGAUGAAGACCAUCGAAAUCAGUUUGGUCAACGUGAUCGCUCGUCAUCUGCCCCCAACGUGCACAUCAAUACAAUAGAGCCGGUCAAUAUUGAUGACUUGAUUAGAGAACAAGGGUUGCGAGGAGAGGGAGCCCCUAUGAACCAGCUGAUGCGCUGCCUUCGGAAAUACCAAUCCCGGACUCCCAGUCCCCUCCUCCAUUCUGUCCCCAGUGAGAUAGUGUUUGAUUUUGAGCCUGGCCCAGUGUUCAGAGGCUCAACAACAGGAUUGUCUGCCACACCACCUGCAUCUUUACCUGGAUCUCUCACUAAUGUGAAAGCAUUACAGAAAUCCCCAGGGCCUCAGAGAGAGAGGAAGUCCUCGUCAUCUUCUGAAGACCGAAAUAGAAUGAAAACCCUUGGUCGACGAGAUUCAAGUGAUGACUGGGAAAUAGCAGAUGGCCAGAUCACAGUUGGACAAAGGAUAGGCUCUGGUUCAUUUGGGACAGUCUAUAAAGGGAAAUGGCACGGUGAUGUUGCAGUGAAAAUGUUGAACGUUACAGCUCCCACCCCUCAGCAGCUACAGGCUUUUAAAAAUGAAGUAGGAGUUCUCAGGAAAACACGACAUGUGAAUAUAUUACUUUUCAUGGGUUAUUCAACAAAGCCACAACUGGCUAUAGUUACACAGUGGUGUGAAGGGUCCAGUCUUUAUCACCAUCUACACAUCAUUGAGACUAAAUUUGAAAUGAUCAAGCUGAUUGAUAUUGCACGCCAGACAGCACAAGGAAUGGAUUACUUGCAUGCCAAGUCUAUCAUCCACAGAGACCUCAAGAGUAAUAAUAUAUUUCUUCAUGAAGAUCUCACGGUAAAAAUAGGUGAUUUUGGUCUAGCAACAGUAAAGUCUCGAUGGAGUGGAUCCCACCAGUUUGAACAGUUGUCUGGAUCUAUUCUAUGGAUGGCACCUGAGGUUAUUAGGAUGCAAGAUAAAAAUCCAUAUAGCUUUCAAUCAGAUGUGUAUGCAUUUGGAAUUGUCCUUUAUGAACUGAUGACUGGGCAGUUGCCAUAUUCCAACAUCAACAAUAGGGACCAGAUUAUAUUUAUGGUAGGACGAGGUUAUCUUUCUCCGGAUCUCAGCAAAGUGCGAAGCAAUUGUCCCAAAGCCAUGAAGAGACUAAUGGCAGAAUGCUUGAAAAAAAAGAGAGAUGAAAGGCCUCUCUUCCCCCAGAUCCUUGCAUCUAUUGAGCUUCUGGCCCGGUCAUUGCCAAAAAUUCACCGCAGCGCAUCUGAACCCUCCUUAAACCGGGCUGGUUUCCAAACAGAGGAUUUUAGCUUAUAUGCGUGCACGUCUCCAAAAACACCUAUCCAGGCAGGGGGAUACGGCGAAUUUGCAGCGUUCAAGUAGCCACAGCAUCAUUGGCAGCAAAUCCACUCUUUAUUUUUAAAGUCUUGUGUUCCGACCGUUUCUUUUUAAAAUAUUCAGACUCGCUUGUGCUCCUCUAAACACUGCAGUUUAGAAAAACUAUAGAUCUGUACACUUAGAUCAGAUCAGAAGGGAGCUCCCAAUCCAACCUUGGGUGGAAGGGAAAAGCUCUUGUUUGGGACAAGCGCUUUCCGCUGCCUCUGUGUCCCCCUCCAACAAAAGUCAUGUGCAUUUGAAGAUCUCUAGUGGCUGCCUGUACCGUUGGCAUCAUUCCCAGGAAAGAGGGAGGGCUGCGCUUUGACUUUCUGGUGCUGUGGCAUGAUGAAGUUGGAACUCCUUCUGCAUCAUAGGCUUGGGAUGAUCUGCUGGCCGGUUUUCUCCCUCUAACAACGAUUCAUCAGAAGCUGAACAUCUGAUGAGACAGAGCUAAUCAAAACAAUCAUCCUCUGGUUUGAUUUUAUUUUGUGUGUGUUUUCCUUCCCGGUGUGCUUACUGAUCAAAAAACUAAGUGUGUUUCCUUUUCAAUUGAACUUUCACUCUUUUGAUUUCACAAAAAUGAAAAUUCAGUCAGAAGAGUCAGUCAGAGUCAUUUGAAAAGGAAAGGCGAUUCUGCACUUCCCAGAAUUGCUUUUACCUCCUAUUCAGAGCCAUCCUUUUCCCCAUCUUUUCCUUUUUGUAUACUUUUGGAAUGGGUUAGGAGCCUUUUUUUGUUGGUCCAGCAACAAAUGUUUUUACAAAAGUGUAGCUAAGCUCAACACACCUGGCUUUCUUUUCAUUUUGUAUUGCAAAUCUGAAUCUCUGUUUUGCGUGUUGAACUUUUUGGGGAUGCCCAGAAAGUCUAAUACAGACUAUGAAUAACAAGUGUACCUAUUUUAAAAGGUACAAGGUAGUGUCAGGUACCUAACGUUUCAUAAGCAGACAUUCUCAGGUUGAAUUGAAUACAUUUCAAAAAUGAAACCCAGCCACAACCUUCCCAAAAAUUAGACAUUCCAAAAAAAAUGUGCUUUGGUACUUUUUAUAAAAAAAGCAGAACUUUUAAUCAUGUUAACUCAGCAAACUGUGAAUGAACAUUGUGUGCAUGAGAGAGAGAGAAAAUGCAGCAAAUUGGCUUUAAUGGGAGUUUGCUGUUUUGUUGUUUUUCUAUACAAAUGGUACUUGCUGGAUCAACACUACUCACCUUGCCUAUCCUCACCUUUUCCCAUGCAAUUUCUUUUCUUGCCCUUAUUUUGUAUCCUUGGUAAUUCCAUUUUGCUUUUCUCUUUAUGCCUUGUCCUUAAAUUUAAUUUGCAAAAUGGUUUCCAGUUCUUGUUGUUAUCCAAACAAGAUAAAAUGAUACAAAAAUCAUACUUUAGGUUAUCCCUAGUAGAAUUAUGAAACUCAAUGAAUUAUGAAGUAAGCAGAAUUCUCUAUGGUGUGAUGAUUUUCCUUUUUUGGAAAAGGAUAGUUGUGUGCCACUGGAAGAGAAUUCAUAAGAAAAGAAGCCUUAUUACUCUGUCCUGCCCUGUAUUUAUAGGUAGGAGGCUGGAAUAAGCCCCUGUGCUAGUAUAGUUUCUAGUGGAUGAAACCAGAGUAUCUAUGAAAAGUCAAAAUUCAGAGUUUACAUGUUGAUUCUCCAAUACUGCAGACCUAAAAAAAACCAAAAGAUUAUUUUUUAGCAAACUUUGUUUAUAAAACUUGAUUAUUAUUAUUUUUUUAAAAACCUUACCUUCAUGGUAAAGGAACUGUGUAGUGCAUUUGAUUUUUUUUAAAUUGAAAUGGGUCUUACAGAAAUGGGAGCAAGAGGCGUAAUGAAAGCAUAUUGUAUAUUCAGACACUAACAGCAUCACUAACAGUGAUGCAUUUCUGCCUAAGCAUCACUGAAGUUAAAUGAAGUAAUGCAGGAAGUUAUAGAUGUGUUCUUGGAUGACUCCUUUUCACUUCAGUGAUUGAUCUGCUUUGGUAAAGCUUCCUAAGAAUUUAUUCAGAACAAUAAGAUUAAAACAACUUGUGUCGUCUCACAAAAAGUAUACAAGGUUUGUUAUAAAUGUAAAGCACAACGCUAAUGGUGGCCUGCAGUAAUUUUUCAGAAUACCAAUUCUCUUUUCAACUCUUUACAGUUCCACUGCCUUCGUCACCACCACCCACCAUCAGUAAUCUCUCUUAAAAGGGUGAAUAUCAUGGGUCAGUAUGUUGAAGCAUGCAUAUUGUGUUUAGAAGAGAGGAAAACUACAAGAAAUCUUUGCUGUCUUCAUAAAUUUAUGCAGAGAAAACAUGAUAAAGUAGUAAACUCCUUGAAGCCAAUUCUUCUCAGAUCACAAUAACAUUGAUUUAUUAUUAGAUUUAUAUCCCGCUUUUAUUUUGUACAGCUCAAUAUAGCAUGCUGGGCAGCAAAGAGUACUUUUUACUCCAUUACACUCAAUAUAGACCAGUGUGGAUCAUUUGCUAAGGAAUAUUGAGCCACCUCAUAUUCUGUUGAUUGAUGGAAGGCAAAACCAAUAUUCAUUCAGACUUCUUUCCUCCUCCUCUUCCUUAGAUACUCUGUGUUUCUCCAGGAAAGCUAUCCAAUAGUUUAUGAUUUGUGAGGGUUAUUAAAUAUUAGCAUGACUAAAAAUACCUGUGUUUUGCUUACAUGCCAUUAAGAAAUCUGAAAAAUAUAAGUAAUAAUUGCAGUUGCUUCAUCAAAUUAUGCAGCAUUGAGUCAGUGGAUAAAAGCAGUUCGUGAACAUUCUAAUUACACUGACUAUUAUUGCUCCAAAAGAAUACAUUUAGAUAACCAUUUAUCAAUGCCCCUUCACUUUUGAAUCCCAAAUUGUUUGAUUUGAGAUAUUCUACAUGUGCAUCAGAAAAACAAAGAAGCAGGACUAUACACCAAUCACAUUUCUAUUGGUUGGUUGGACUGGCUGUACUUCCAGCCUUAUCUUUUUAAAAUAUUUCUGCAUUUAUGUGUUCUGUUUCAUCUUCUUUGGUGCUAGGAUUUAUAGCAAUUGUUUUGCUUCCUCCAAGCAGCAUAUCCAUGUCAUUCCCACAAACUUCUCUAAAGUGUUGGAUAUUGACAUCUCUUCUAUACAUGAUUCCAGUAUAUUCCUUCCAUCUUUGUUUGAUCUUUUUUAAAUUAGUUAGUCUGCCCACUGAUGUCUUUUACAUGUAGCUAUUUUGAGUCUGAACUUCCUCCUGAUUUCAGAGAUCCUUUGGAAAACUUUUCUUAUUUUUUGUGUUUGUUUCCAUCUUCAUUGUCUUUACACGUGUAGCAAUAACACUCCUUGUCUUUUUAAACAGCUCACUAAAAUUCUUUAGUUUCCUGAGAUUUUUAUCUUGGCUUUGGCUUCUCUUCUCUUGGCAAGUCUCACCAAUUUUUUUGACACUUCAUGGGGUUUUUUUCUUUUCUUUUUUUCUUUGUUUUUUUUUUCUUUUUUCAUUUUGGUUUUUUUCUUGGCAGUUUGUUUUCAUGUUCAGUAACUUUAUUUCAUUCCACGGUUUCUCCAGAUCUCUAUCAAUGAGGUUCAGGACUUCAAAGCAAUUUCUGAUAUUCUCCUUGAAAAUGAUAGGUACAUGCCCAAAAUCAUUCUUCCAAAAUCUGGCUGUCUUUAUUCUUCCACUUUAUCUUGACUUGCAACAGUUUGUGGUUUGUUCUGUAGGCAGCCCCUAACCAUAUCUUUGCUGAGCUAAUUCACCUCCUUAUUCCAGCAAUGCAAUCAGUUUGAUUUCUUUGUGUUCUCUCAGAUUAUGUCCUUAUACAUAAGAGAAGAUUUUGUUUGUUGAAGAACGUCUUAGCAAUAAAGAAAUUACUGAAUUGGCAGAAACUGCUAAAUUAUUUUUCACUUUUCUUGGCCAUAGUGUCUUUAGUUUUCCUCACUGUUGCCAACUAUGGCAUUCCAGCUUCUAACCAUAAGCAGCACAACUUCCAUGGAAGUUCUAACAGAAAGAUAGAGUUGGAAGGAACUUUCUAGUCUUCUAGUCCAAUCCUCUGCUCAAGCAGGAACUCCUUACUAUCCUCUUCUGCAUCACUGUUUAAUAACCAUAUUAUUAAAGGGCUGUCUAUGAAGACUAACUUGUAUUAUUCAGUCAUUGAUUGCAUUAAUCCAAAAACUCUCUUUGCUUUCCUUCUUUGUUUUUCAUGGCCUGGGUGAUAAAAUAGACUAAAAGAAUCCAAUUCCUGUCUGUUUUAACUCACUGAUGCUUAGGACUUUAGUGUGUAGUUAAUACUCUGUGUUGAACUUUUUCAUGUUCAUGCUUUUUACAUUGCAUAUUCUCAUUUCUGUCUGUAAUUCUGUCUUUACAACUUUGGACUUUCCUGCGUGGCAACAUCUACAACUAGAUAAUAAAGAAAUUAUGUUUGUUGUUUUCACUAAAUCAUUCAUAUAUUUCUAGCAUCUUCCUAUAUUGCUUCUCUCUUGCACAGAUACUUGCUUGUUUUAGCUAGGUAUUUGAGAUUACUUCUACACCUUAGAUUUUUCUAAUAGAUAUUCACCAUUUUUUAUUCAUUAUGACAUCCCUAAAGGGCCCAAUCCCUUUUGUAUAUUCUCUCACUAUCCAUUCAUGCUAUCCAAAAAAUAUUCUCCCCCAGUUCCCCAAACUCAUCCUUGGUUCUGAGUAUUCACUGGUACAUGUUGCGGUUAUCACAGAUUCAUGGAUUAAUGUUUUAAUAUACAUCUUCAAUAACCCAAAGGGUGCUAGUUCCCACAUGAUAGCCCUUGAAUUCAUGGUAAAUCCAUCUUCAACAACUCUACAAGAUCACACAGACUACUCAAAUCUAAAUCAUUCUCAUUUUUCUUAAGACAUAACAAUUUACCUAUUAUUCAUUUUUAUCAUUUGUUUAUAGUUUUCUCCUUAAUUCCAAGUUUCAGUUCUUCCCCCUCAUAGUAUUGAACUAUCUAGGAUGCUUUAUAAUGAGAUAGAAUAAGACUAAAUCAACUUUAUUAGUUGUGCCCAUGUCAUAUACACCAUUUUCUGCUAAUGAUAAGAGUAAUACAUCUGGCAUAUUGACCAAAACAUACAGCUUGGGUAUGUUUUGGUCAAUAUGCCAGAAGUGCAACCAGAUUCUAGGUUUACUCCAAUGCACGGAAAGAUCUGUAAUCUAGAUACUGCCUUGCAAGUCAUUUGUAGGAAGUUAUAAGCAUGGAUAUGCUUUGAUUCUGUCCAUCUAAGCAUAAGGCAAACUAUUGAUUGUUUUCCCCAAUGUAUAUCUUCUACUGAAUGAACUUAACCUAAUUGAACCCAAAAUUGGGAUGAGAAUAUGAGAGUGAUUCAGGUCCUGCAUUCAAAAUCAGUGUAGUUUGAAGCAAUCAGGGCAGAUUGGUAAAUUAAAUUUCUACAGAAAUCAUUACUUAUCCAGAAAGAUCAAUUCAGACAUGGAAUUCUGAUUUUCUAGCACAAUAUCCUGUUUUCUGGACCCAGUAACUAAUGUACACAGCAAAAUCAUUUUAAUAUAAUAAUCUAUCUUAUUCUUUAAUCAGGAGAUUCAUUAUACUAUCCCUUCAAUUGACAUUUGAAAGAUUGUUAGAAUUUGCCAUUAGAGAUGCUAUUCUAAACACACUUAACCUAAGAAUCAGUUCAGUUGAGAACAGUGAAACUGAUUUCUGAGUAAGAAUGUUUUACAAAUUGAUUUUAAAGCUAUUAUAUUAAAACAGAAAUCAUCCUGGUCUUUUGAACAAGAAUAACUGCAAUCAGUACAUUAAUUCCAAAUUAAAAUUUCUUGGAAAACAAACAGAGACUAUCAUAAUAGGAAUGUGUCCUUAAACAAAUUUUCUUGUGGGUGAACAAAAUGGAGGUUUUUGUUAAUUCCAGAAUUAAUUUUUUUCUUAAUAUGCUGUUUGAAAUUGUGUUUGUUAGCUAAUCAUCCCAGUGGCAGCACCUACCUCAACAAAGGCUUAUCCAGUUGAGAAAUUCUACAACAAAUGAUAGAAUGAUAACAUUCCUAGGCUUCACCUGACCUUUGUUUUUGCACCAUAAACAGCAAAGCUGUGAAUUAAUGUUUCUGACUGCCAUCUUUAACUGUAUUUUAAAGGCUUUCCAGUAUUAUGAUAUUAUUACUGGCAGUACUUCACCCAAAAAAACUAGACAGCUACCUAUCCCAACAUCCAGCUCGUAGUCUUUGUGAAAGAAAUUUUUCUCCAGUCUUAUGCUGCAAUUUUCAUCACGAAACUUCGUUUUGUUUUUGAGUUAUUUUUUAAUUAGAUGUCUCAGUUUUUGCUUUGCUUUGGAGGAGGGGAAUAGUUUAGAUAUGCAUGCAUAUCUUCUAUCUCAUUGCAUUCUUUUUUGAAUGGUUACAUGGUUCUAAGACUAAGCAACUUUCAAUCCAUUGUAAGAGAGAAUGCUGCAUAGCUGAUACUGAGAGCAUUUAUUCUGAAUUCAAUCUAAAUAAUUUAUUUCACUAGAGAAAUUAAAUCUAGUCUAGAUUUAAUAAUUCUAUGAUUUCCAUUUCUUUUGUAAACAUAUCACCCACAUUGGAAAGGAGUUUGUCUGUUAAAUAUAAUUCAUGUUUAAUCACCAAUUGCAUAUGGAGGAGAAAGGCACCAAUUUUUCCACGAAAUUACUGUACACUAAACCAUUAGACUUUUUAUCCUUUAGAUUGUCAUUAUUUCCCAUUUGUAGUAAGAAACCUCAUCAAAGAAUUGCACAUUUCAUUAAUACAUACAACUGUAAGGUAUAUAUUAAUUUACAAAUAAACUGUAAAAUGGCUAGUAGCCUUUCAAAAAGAACAGGAUGGUGGGUAAAUUGUGAAUUAUUUUAUUGAAGUUUAAUUCAAUUUUCCAGCUGUGGGCAUAACUAAAAAUGUUUGGUGCAUUAUUCUUGGUUUUUUCAUGAAGUUUCACUAAGUUUUAUUUGCAGAAUUAGACGAUCAGCAAAAUAUUUAUUUUGCCUUUAUUUUUGUAUUGUAUCAGCCUUGUCUGUGCUUGCACAAAUGUUAGAAAAUACAUUUUGCUUUAUAAUGGGUCUCUCACGUUUAAUCUGGGAAAUUUUCCUUAACAAUUUGCCAAAUGGUUGUGCCUUUUGAAAAGCAAGUAAAAAUGACCACAAAAUUGAGAUGCUUAUAUUACGGGACAGCAAAUUUACUUUGACUCCCAAUACACUACAGUUUCAAACUUGGGUAGAAAUACAGGAAAUUGUGCAUAAAGCAAAAUCUCCUGUUUAAAUCUCAAUAAAAUGAAUAGCGACUAGAUCUCCAUGACUGCCAUUGGUCUUUUCUGGAGUAUUCCAAAUAUACUGUGUUCAUGUAGUAUUUGUUCCCCAGAUCAGCACUAAAUCCCAAAUUAAUUGAAAUAAUAAUAAACUUAUUAUUUAUAAAAUAAUACUGUAGGCAAAAUGGAAGAACCAUUUUAAAAAAGAAAGAACAUUAAACAUACCUUUGAGGAAGGGUAAAAUAGUUCAAUAAAAGAAAAUAAAGGAGGUGUGGAGACUACUAUGCUAGUUCAAAGUUGUUGAGAUUCUUGGUGAGAAAACCAUCAAAGAUUUGGUUCACUUGUUCCUCAGGAAACUUGUUGAACUGAAAAUCUGUAAAUCCCAACCUAGAUUCAGUUACUAUUUUGACAUAAUAAACUUUAAGAAAAUAUGGAUAGUCAAGAAACAGUACAGGAACUGAUGUGAUUUGUAGCCUAUUCCAAAUUUAUAUUUGUGAGUACAGGUUUAUUGAUUGGUCCUUCCCACCUUCAUUAGGGUUUAAGAGAUAUUAAAUCCACUGGGAUGUUAAACUUUACAAACACUUAAUAUCCACAGGAAAAUAUUUUAAAAUAGAAAAAUAAACCUUCUGUGCAUAAUCUUAAGCAUUUCUUAAAAUGUGAAAGACCGACCCACUGUUCUUGAAGACCUACUUCAAGAUAAAUUAGCAUAAAUUGCAGCAAUUAUAUGUGUAAGCUCUAUUUUGGCAGAUGGAAUUCUGAACCCUGACAUUUAUUUUAUAAAUAUCAGAGUGAUUUAUGUUUAUUAUAUUCCAGUUAAAUAUAUCAAAAAGUAAAUCUGUUAGAAUUAUUCCUGCUUCCUUUCUGUAUUAGAAAAAUAUUAAAUGGUUGAGAGUUUUGAACUGUUAGGCUUUCAGAGAUUCUGUAUUCUACUGGUUUAUGCUGUCCACUUUUUUCUGUAGUGUGUUGGGAUUCUACUAGAAUGUCAUUAUCUACAUACAUUAGAGAGGAUAAGUUGAUAGGGAAACAUUCAUUCAGGCAUGGGCUGAAAUGGAAGAAAAAUAAACCAAUAGAGAAAAGAAUGGGAACAGUGGGAACUAUUAUUUGCAUUCAGAGUAUGAACCUUGAGUUUAAGUUAACUUUUGAUUUAAAAGAUAAAAAUAAAAACUUAAGUGCAAUAAGUGUACUUUGAAAUUUAAAGCUGUGAAUGGUUAAAGAAAUCCACCUCAUUCCUUCCAGAUUGUUUUUUCCUUUUGUUUUCUGUGAUUAAAGUGGCAGUGAUCAAUAUUAUUUAGGAUCAUUCUCUCCCGGCUUUGGAGGAGAAUGCAUACAUUCAUGACAACCAAACUCCUUGGCUCACCCGUAAUCCUUGCUUUUUACUUUUUUUAUAAAAUCGGUUUCUGUAUGACAGCACUAUCGUUCCAAAUAACUACUAUAUCAUAAAACUGGUGUUGCCUGUUGGUUGUCACGAAUGUGCCAAACACCCAAUUUUUACAGAAUAAAAUCGAGCUUGUUGUAUUCCUAAGUAGUGUUGCUCUAUAUCUCAGUACAGAGCAUAUAUUGUGACUGAAUUACAUAGUCAUUGAGACUGAGCACUAGAGGCCCAACUACUGGACUGCAAUAGCCCUUCUAGCCUAAAUAGAGGAAGUUUGCUUUUGUAACCAGCACCUCUUGGGGCUAUUAGGGACCAGUGGUGGGUAAAAAGAAUUUCUAAGCAGCUGAAAACCAUAAAUUCCCCGAUUUUCUGUUGUGUCUGGAAUACAAAAAGGCUUUAUCUUUACACUAUUUUCCUAAAAGAAUUUAUAUAAAAACGGUCAAGUGUUUGAUAUAUGGAUGGACCUUUUCCCCUUUUCAACUGUGCUGCUUUUCUUCAGUUAGGUAGGGAAAUUGUACUAACUGGAUAUUCUCUCCACUGCAUCAUUGGAGAAUUUCAUUCCAAUGACUUCUUACCACAUGCACUGUGUUUCUUUCUGUGUGUUAAUCGUCACUUCAGGGAUUUGCAAUCAUGGAAAAUGGUAGUGUUGUUCAUGAUUAGGACUCUGUUGUAUCACUAGAAAAAAUUCUAUACAGGAGUGUGGAGAUUAUAGAUAUGAAGUCCUUUCCAUAGGCUUUUCCAUAACCUUUAAAGUGAUUAGCAGAGAACCUUUGUGUAAAAUUUGUCUAGCUUAAAUACUGUAAAGUUAAAUCCUAUGGAAGUGACUGCAAAGAUGAACCAAAAAAAUUGCUGAACAAGGUUAUUCUAACAUGUUACUGAAAAGAAGAAAUGUGUUUAAUUAGUGCAGGGAAAAUCUAUCUGAACAUCAAGAUUUUUUUUUCCACAAAUGUUUCAUCCUCGAAAACUGCAAUUUUGUUGCUUCCUCUUUAAGAGAAAAGGGUUUUUAAAAAAAAAAAAAAAAAAA